AUGACUCAGCACUCCCCUUCAUCAUCAACCACUACUAACACCAUCACGAAGCACAAAGAACCAUCCUUCCAAGCACCCACCAGGAAUGCCAUCAUUAAAACUGUGACUGGCAAAUUUCCCAUCACCAUUUCCGAUUCCACCUCGAUCAUGGAAAUUAAACGAGCGUGGGCUCAACAUCAAGGAAAUUCAUUGGAUGAUGAGACAUUAAAUUGCAUGCUGAGAGUGGUGUUCAAUCAUCGAGUGUGGGAAGGAGAUUAUCAUGUGAGUGAUUUGCUGUUGAAUUACUCUCCUCCUGAUGAUGAGAAGGAAUUGGAAUUUCAAGUAGUCGUUUCUUUGAGAGGAGGAUAG